GGAUUUUUAUAUUAAAUAGAUAGAUUAGACUCAUUUUAAGUGUAAACUACCUCUGACUUGGGACUGAAGCCACUCAGACAUCUUGAACUGGCAUUAAAUGGUUUUACUUCACAUUGACAGAAUGCGGGCUGUUCAAAAGCUCUAAUUUUCUUCAUGAAAUUGCCCCUUGUGUCCACUCUGUCGUAAAUGCCACACUAAACACGAUGUCUGGUCAUAAUGGACAUUAUCAUGAGGGUGUAAGCGACCAGCACACCCCGGAGCAGCCACAGCGGGACAUAGGAGAGCUCCUCCAGCAGAUAAUGGUCAUCACAGAGGACAGCCUGGACGAGGCCCAAGCCAGGAAACAUGCAUUAAACUGCCACAAACUGAAACCUGCUCUCUUCAGCAUCCUCUGUGAAAUCAAAGACAAGACAGCCCUGAGUAUCCGAGGUGUAGCGGAGGAAGAGCCCCCUGACCCCCAGGAGCUGAGACUGGACAACAUGCUGUUAGCCGAGGGAGUGGCCGGUCCUCAGAAGAGCAGAGCGGCUACAGCUGCAGCUCUGGCCGCAGCCACAGGGGGGUCGUCCAGCGAUGAGAGCUCUGAGCACGCAGACUACAGGGAGAAGCUGGCACAGAUACGGAUGAUCUACCACACAGAGCUGGACAAAUAUGAACAGGCUUGUAAUGAGUUUACUGGUCAUGUGAUGAACCUGCUGAGGGAGCAGUCUCGCACUCGCCCUAUCUCUCCCAAAGAAAUAGAGUGCAUGGUGUCUAUUAUCCACCGAAAGUUUAGUGCCAUCCAGGGGCAGCUCAAGCAGAGCACCUGUGAAGCUGUCAUGAUCCUGCGCUCCAGAUUUCUAGAUGCACGGAGGAAACGUCGCAACUUCAGCAAGCAAGCUACAGAAAUUUUGAAUGAAUAUUUUUAUUCACACCUCGCAAACCCUUACCCCAGCGAAGAAACCAAAGAGGAGCUGGCCAAGAAGUGCUCCAUCACAGCUGCUCAGGUCUCCAACUGGUUUGGAAACAAGAGGAUUCGCUACAAGAAAAACAUUGCCAAGUUCCAAGAGGAAGCAAACAUGUAUGCCAUGAAAACAGCUAUGGAUGCUACCAGUCUCACAUCACAGGCCAGCUCUCCAGCCACACCAAACUCAGGAGGAUACUCAGCCUCAUGUUACACUCCUGGUGGGAUGAUGUAAUGUCUUCAGUUAAAGAUUUUUGGUUUGAUCAUUUUCAGCUACUCAACAAAGCAGGAGGUCCUCAUCUACUCACUAAAUUCAUCUUCCUGUCUUCACUUUUGAAAUAAACAACAUUUUAACUAUUUUGUAUGUCUUUGUAAUCAUCAGUUACUCAAAAGUAUUAUG